AUGGCAGACUCUUAUGAAGAGCUCGAGGCGUUCUUCGAUGAACCAGCCCGCGCAGAGAUCCGGCGCCACUUUAACUCCAAGUGUGUCUUGUGCAAGGCAAUAGUGAGCGCACAGGACGGGCACUAUGUUCCCCUCCUGAGCGAGCGCUACACGUAUUACAUCUGCAAGAAGUCUCUCUACACAUCGGUGUUCAAGCCUUACACCGCCUCGAACGGCCUGUUCGCCUGCCAACGUUGCGCUCACGAGUGGCUGAUGUACACGCAGGACCAAGUACCACUGGUGGUGCUUAUGCCGUGCAAACCUCUCAUGCUGUACGCUCUCCAUGUCUUCAGUCUCGCCAACGACGACGCAUCACGUUCUCAGACGCUCGAUUCGAUCUUCGAAGAUCUCGAGAAAGAUACCACGUCGACACCUGAGCGCCGCAGCGCUGCCCCUUUUCUACACUGCUACCAACUUCAUCCAGUCACGGGCCCCAACGAUACCCGGGACACCGUCUGCAACCCUACCCUCCUCAUCCAUCCCUCUCCAUUACGACAACUCUCUCACGACGACCACGGCUGGCCCGACACCUACGGCUCGAACAUCACACGCUACUACGUCGUCGAACACGACGCAGAGCCCGGUAGCAUGCACGCGCCUUCAAGGUCCGUUCCUCGCUUAGGCCAGUGCCGAGACGGCGCCACCACCCUCUGGCGCAUCCCAGGACGAUCUCCAGGUCUAUUCUUUGGCUACGCAGACACCAACGUUAUCCUCGAUCCCGGCGACUGCGAGCUGUACGGCGUGUUUGAGCGCCUUCGGGCGCAUAUGAAGCAUUUCCGCGGGCUUUCGGCCGAUUAUCGGCCGAAGAAUCAGUUGACGUCUUGGAACGUUAUCGUACAGAGGAUGGAAGAUACAGGCGAACCGCCAUCGAAGACUUGCAAGGAUGCAUACGGCGUGAUGCUAUUGAACGACCCGCGAUCACGCGUAUACUAG